AGCUAAUUGUUGGCAGUAGUUCGGUUAAACGUAAACCCUGCAUGACGAAGCCGCUAACGUUGAGAAUGACGAAGAGAUCGCAUUUUGCUCUCAGUUGUAUAGCGAUCUGCCUGCUGCUCUUGGUGAGCUGCAGCCAGAGCGAACUCAUCGAUGCCAACGAUGAGGAUGUGGAUCGCUUUUGCUAUCCGGCCGCACACAAGAACAGUCGGCUGAGCUGCGAGUGCAGCAAUGUGAGUGCCUCGCCCUGGGGCAUGCGGGCGCUGCACAUCGAUUGCAGCUACAAGGACUUCCAGGCGGAGGAUCUGACGGCGCUGCUGCCGCUCUACAUCGACACGUUGGAUCUGUCCUGGAACAAGCUGAAUCGUGCGCCCGUCUUCAACAGCGACAGCCUGCGCAUGCUCAAUCUGAUGCACAACAACAUCAGCAGCAUCUCCGCCAGCAAUUUCGCUCGCAUCGUCAGCCUGAAGGAGCUCUAUCUGGGCUGGAACAGCAUCCAGCUGCUGGAGCCGCAGGCCUUUGCCGGCUUGCCCCAUCUGCAGGUGCUGAACCUGGCCCACAACAAUCUGCACGCGCUGCCCGCCCAGAUCUUUGCCCCACUGCAGGUGCUCCAGACACUGGAACUCUCCUGGAACAGGCAGCUCAAUCAGACCAAUGGACUGGAGCUCUACGGCAGCUAUGGCAUCAAUCCCAAGCUGAACGCACUGCGUCUGGAUGCCUGCGGCUUGAGUGAGCUGAGGCUGCCGAUCGAUGCGCCUCUGCGUGAGCUGUCGCUGCGUCGCAAUCUGUUCGUGCGUGUGCCCAGCCAGCUGCCCAGGCAACUGCAGCUCCUGGACAUCAGCGAGAAUCUGCUGGAGCAGCUGCUGCCGGUGGAUGCGGCCAAUCUUAGCCAGCUGCAGCAGCUCUAUGUGGAGGAUAUGCCGCUGCUGCAGGGCAUCGCCGCCCACGCGUUCGCCCAGCUGCAUCAGGUGCACUCCAUGAGCUUCCAGAACUGUCGCCGCCUCAGCUGGCUGGACGGCGACGCCUUCGUUCCCGCCGAGGGCAAUGUGACCUUGCCGCCGCUGAGCACGCUCAGCUUUCGUGGCACUAUGCUGCGCAAUUUCAAUGUCAGCCUGUCGCCGGUUUUUGGCAAACUCGCCCAACUGGAUCUCAACGGUGUGCCGCUUCACUGCGACUGCCAGCUGGUCUGGCUGAAGGAUCUGGCCAUCCAGACGAACGGACGCUGCCUGCGCCCGGCCAGAGUCCGGGGCCUGCUCGUCUCCUCGGUGCGACGCGACGAGUUCAGCUGCGAGAGAUGGCCCCGAUGGGCAUACGGCUUGAUUAUACUCGCUCUCAUCGCCCUCUGUGCCGCGGGCGUCUAUCUGAUUGUGAUGGGACUGCGACCGCAUCGGGGUGUCACCAUGCGCCGCAAAGUGGGCGCCGGCAGUCCCUAUGCUCGGGUCACCAUCGAACCCAAUCGCCAGGAGAACUUUCACUGAGCAAGAUAGCCUAGUUGCAGUCUAGACUAAGCCCCUGACUAACUAACUUAAGUCUGUGUUACAGUUUUUCUACAAAAAAUACAUAUAUACCUACAUAUAUA